GUGCCCAUCCCCCACCGUCAACGCAGCGAGCGCCGGAGCCCGGAGCUUUCGCUGCCGUCGCCGGGCCUCGGACACCCGAACGAGGACAGCGGCUGCCCGCGGCGCAGGUGUCCUGAAAAAAUGGCUGAUGAUAUUGAUAUAGAAGCAAUGCUUGAAGCUCCUUACAAGAAGGAUGAGAACAAAUUGAGCAGUGCCAACGGCCACGAGGAGCGCAGCAAGAAGAGAAAAAAGAGCAAGAGCCGAAGUCGAAGCCAUGACAGAAAGAGGAGCAGAAGCAAGGAGCGCAAACGGAGCCGGGAUCGGGAAAGAAAAAAGAGCAGAAGCCGGGAAAGGAAGCGGAGCAGAAGCAAGGAGCGCAGGCGCAGCCGUUCCAGGAGCAGGGAUCGCAGAUUCAGAGGCCGCUACAGGAGUCCCUAUUCUGGUCCCAAAUUCAACAGUGCCAUCAGAGGGAAGAUUGGUCUGCCUCACAGCAUCAAAUUAAGCAGACGGCGUUCCAGAAGCAAAAGUCCCUUCAGAAAAGACAAGAGCCCUGUUAGAGAACCUAUUGAUAAUCUUACCCCUGAAGAGAGGGAUGCUCGAACAGUAUUCUGCAUGCAGCUAGCUGCAAGAAUUCGGCCAAGAGACCUGGAAGAAUUUUUCUCUACAGUAGGGAAGGUGCGUGAUGUGCGGAUGAUUUCUGAUAGGAAUUCCAGGCGUUCAAAGGGAAUUGCUUACGUGGAAUUCGUUGAUGUUAGUUCAGUGCCUCUGGCAAUAGGACUCACUGGACAGAGAGUCCUGGGCGUACCAAUCAUAGUGCAGGCAUCACAGGCAGAGAAAAACAGAGCAGCAGCAAUGGCAAACAACCUGCAGAAGGGCAGCGCCGGCCCCAUGAGGCUCUACGUAGGGUCGUUGCACUUCAACAUCACUGAAGAUAUGCUUCGAGGGAUCUUCGAGCCGUUCGGCAGGAUUGAAAGUAUUCAGCUGAUGAUGGAUAGUGAAACUGGACGUUCCAAAGGAUAUGGAUUUAUUACGUUCUCAGACUCAGAGUGUGCCAAAAAGGCUUUGGAGCAGCUCAAUGGAUUUGAGCUGGCUGGCAGGCCAAUGAAAGUUGGGCAUGUAACUGAGCGCACUGAUGCUUCCAGUGCUAGCUCGUUUUUGGACAGCGAUGAGUUGGAACGAACUGGAAUUGACUUGGGAACAACUGGUCGCCUUCAGUUGAUGGCAAGACUUGCAGAGGGUACUGGGUUGCAGAUUCCCCCAGCUGCACAGCAGGCUCUGCAGAUGAGUGGGUCGUUGGCAUUUGGGGCUGUGGCAGAUUGGAGAAGAAUUGCUAGUAAUAAUGGUGGGGCCCAGAUAUUCCUGGAUGUGAUAUCCGACAAAUUUCUUCAUCAAACACUCACUGACUCAUGAAGAAGGGAUGCUAUUUUAAACUCAUUUUGGUAAGUAAUGAAGAUGUUAUGGAUGAGAAUAGCUUUGACCAUUGACUGAGUGAUCAUGAAUUGCUCAAGCUUAAAAGGAAGGAUAAGGCUUGUGAUUUCAAAAGUGGUGGUUGAAGAACUGAGGAAAUAAAGUCAACUGGUCUGAGCAGCAUGAGUGUGUGAGCAGACAGGAUGUAAGAAGUUCCUUCAGUUCCAAAAGCUAAUGCUAUAUUGGAUCUGUAUCCUACAGAGAGAAGAGACAGUCCUGUUAAAACUGGGCUCCACACUGAUCUGGGUAAUGAGCUCCAGAAAAAUACAGGAUAAGCACAGAGCCUGUGAAGAGUAGGAAAAGGCUAAUAAAGAUAAUAAGGCAAUAAAGAAGGCAGUGCUGUUAGUAAGUGGUGCGAUGAGAAUUGCUUACCCAGAGUCAGGUUACAAUAGACUUUGUGAAGAUAAAUGAGCAAAAGGGAAGUGUAGAUGAAGAUUUGUCAGAUCUUGAAGACAACAGAAAAGCAGGGCUGAGGUUGAAUGAAAAAGUACUUGAGGUGUUUCAGAAGAAACUUACUCUCAGGUUGUAAUGGGAACACUGGUCAUAAAGUUUGGGAUUCCUAUCAAGUAGGAGUAUGGAUGAUGAGAAAAUGCAUCUCGAGGUGGAUGGGUCUAAAGAAGAGCUGCCUGUUGUCAGUUCAGGACAGUGAGACUCCUAUCAAAUUAGUGAAGUAAUCAGUACGUGAAAUAUGGGACACAGUGUCCAGUGUUAUCAGUAAAUAUUGUAAGCCUGUGAUAUCAUACAUGGCUGGGACAUCAGGUCUAAAUUGCCUGCACUUUAAAAAAGGAAGGAGGAAGAACCUGACGUGGACAGUUGCCAGUCCUGUUAUUCUGACUUCACUUUGUUCAUUUAAAAGUCGCACUAAAGGCAGGCAAGCUGAAGGCUAUGGUUAAAAUACUGCAUACCUUCAGAAAACCUGCUUGGAAGCAUUAGCAGUCUGUGAGUAAAGGAAGACUUUGAUAGCAAUACUCUGCUAACUCCUGAUUUGUUCAUUUGGAAUUGUAAUCAACUUCCCAAAGAAGUUUCUAAGAAGGAGGCAGUAUGUGCAAUGGGAACAUCUGACAAGAAGUUGAUUCACACAAAUAGGGGAUUUUUCCUCCCCAGAUAAGACUGGGAACGAUGGGAUGUUGUUGAAAUCUACUUCCAGUUUCUGAUCUCAUAAAAUAUUGCAUGAUUCACAAUGGCAAAAAACAGCGAGGUAACAGUGAGUAAACAGAGGUGCUCUCAGUGUAGAUC